GCAAUCUUGCUGCUCUACAGCUUCAUUGUUCUGAGUCUUGGUUUGUUUACAGAACGUGUUUGAGUAGUAAUUGCAGUAGUAAUUGUCUCAUCUUCGACUAUGACAUCCUUUCUUCUUGUCAAAGAUAUCAAUGCAGUUCAGGAUUCAUGAAGAUCAAUCAUAUUGAAGAUGUUAAUCAAAUUGAUGUAUCAAGAUUUGAUGGGCCUUGGUCAUUUAAAAAUGAGACAAUUUUUAUCAAUUUGAUGGAAGAUGAAGUUGCAAAAGGAAAUCGUCCAACUACAACCUUUACCAAAACUAGUUGGACUUAUAUAAAGGAACAACUGUAUGUAAAAACAGGAUAUGCUUAUUCUCAUGAACAAUUGAAAAAUAAGUAUAACAGUCUUAGACAUCGUUACAAAGAAUUCAAAAAGUUGUUGAGUGAUAUUAAUGGAAAAGGUUGGGAUCCUGUAUUGGGAACUAUUACUUUAGGAGAGGCGCAGUGGACUAAUCUCAUUAAGGUUAACAAGAAAGCUAAGAAGUUCAAAAAGAGUGGAUGUCCACAUUACGGAAAAUUGAUGGGAAUAUAUGGAGAUACAAUUGCAACAACAGAGCUUGAUGCUCUUCCAUCUACAAAACUUUCUUCAGAUUCUGAAUAUGAUAAUAAAACAGAAAGUGAUUCUCCGAUGAGCAAUGAAGAUUGUGGAAAUAGUAGAGAUGAAAAUCAAGGUCAAAGUAGUAUGAGCAAGAAAUCUAAAAGAAAAAGAGAAGUCCUAAAUGAUAUAAUGUCAUCUUUCAAGGAAGCUUAUGUUGAGAAUUUAAAGAGGAGAAAUGAUAUACUUGAAGGAAGACUUUUUGGUUUUCCAUCAGGUGAAUUUAGCGAAAUUUCGUCAAAAGAAAGAGAUUAUGCUGAUGAAGACUUAAACAAAUGCAUCAAAAUUUUAAAUAGCAUGGUCGAUAUUGAUGAUAAAGCCUAUACAAAAGUAUUGAAACAAUUGGUUGCUGACACUACUUGGAGAAAAGCAUUUUUGUGUAUUCCUGAAUCAAGAAGGAGAGGAUUUGUUAAUAAUCUUUAAUUAUUUAACUAACUAAUUAGGUUAGAUGAUGGUUUGUACAAUUUUAUAUAGUUUUAGAAAAAGAAAAACUUAUACUUUAACUACUUGUUAAAUGUUUUUGGGUUUUAUAGUUUAUAUGUUAGAAAGACUUGGCUCAUGCCUCUUUUUUUUUUCCCUUUUACGAGUUUAUGAUAAUUUUUGGAUGAAAUUGAAACAUGUACAUUCUUGA